AUGGGCAUAAAUAGAAAUGUUUUUGAAAAUCCCAUGGAAGAAAGCCAAAAAACAAAAAUUAUAGUAGAUAUGUCUCCACUCGAUGAAAGUGCACUAAACAGAUAUAUUUGCGAUAGCUCAUUUGCUUUUCCCAUAGAAGAAAUUUCAAUUUCAACUUUUAAUGUGCUUAAGAAGCAUAUAGAAGUGAGCAUGCCCAGCGGAGUUGAAAAAAACCUUGAAAAAACCGUGCAAGAAAUAGCAGAGGUGUGCAUAUACAUAAAUCUUCGCAGGGAGUGCCAAAAGUUCAGCAAUACUCUUAAGAAAACGCAUGCCAAGCGCAGGCUUAAGAAUGCGUGGCAAGAUUCAGAGUAUAGAAGGGAUUUGUCUAUGUAUAGGGCGGAAGAUAAGAACAUUAAAGACCUGCUGAAUCUGGUUAACUGGAAGAACAACCAAUGUAAUGAAAAGAUGAACUCGCCCAGCCAUAGCUCAUACGAGGAGAAAGCCGAGUGCACAAAAAAAGCACAGGCGUUCAACGUCAUAUAUAAGGCCAUGAACGGCGCAGGCCAAUUUUUCAACCGCAAGCACAAGGAAAGCAUGGAGCACGUGGAGAAAAUUACCAGCGAGGGGCAUGCCAUGGGGAAAGGCUGCAGAAUUGCAUAUGCCGAGAACUUGGAGGAGGCGGGCGAGAGGCUGAAAAACACGCCCUCUGCAGAGAAGACUCUGAUUCUUUUCAAAGACGACCUUCUAAAAGGUGUCCAGGAUGCGCUAAAUUCCGCAUUUUUCUUCAAGGGAUAUGUCUCUGACGAUGAGAGGGUAGAGUGCCUGGAAACGGUCGCAUUCUCCAUGAGAACGCGGAUGCACUUUGAGGUUCAUUACAUGGCGGUGGGAGAAGAAAACGGGGCGGGUGCAUCUCUUCCAACCACCAGCUCGUAUCUGAGGUACCUGAUCGAAGGGAAGCACAUCACAAAAGUGCUGUACCAAGAGGUUCCGGAAGAGCACAGAGGCAUGUGCAUGCACACAUACACUUCUAUGAUGCUAUUUGAAAAUAUGCAUCUGAUUGUAAGCAAGACAAACCAGCUUUUUAUAGAUAAAAAGGGCAGUGCGGCUUCGAUGUUUCCGCUUAUAAACCAGAAGCUGCGGGAACUCAACAUUGACCCGUAUUUGGCACACCUUGCACUUUGUUGGGCAGAUGGCAGACCCACCCAGCAGAUGCAAAGGUGCUUUUCGUGCACCAUAGAGCUUCCACUGUUCGCGGCAUUCAAUGCCAUUAUGAGCGAGUGUCACAAAAAGGGUCUGGUUUUCGAAAAGAAAAAUACAGAGGCUUGCAAAAAAGACCCAGGCAGCCUCGAAAACUCCAUCGAGGCAGGGUGGAUUAACCCCAUACAAAAAAACAAGGAAGUAGAGGAAAAUGGCGUGGAGGAUGAUAGUUGCAUGCCUCCGCAGCUAGAAUGGUUUAAAAAUAUGCACAAUGGCGUGGAGAUGCACAGUGUGCUGGACAUGCUGGUUGAAAUUGCAUUGUUUGAGAAUUCCAGGGACCCCAAGGUGCAAGAAAAGAAUACCGAGCUAUCUAACAAGAUAAAAUGUAUGCUCCAAAAGCGCGUUAUGAUAUAUGAUAUAUAUCCGAUUGGUUUCAACGCGGGCACCAACCAAGUGCGCAUAGGGCUGCGUUUCCAAAUAGCACUUCCUGCAGGCAUUAUGUUGAAUGUGUUUGUGGGUGAAAAGAGAGUGCAACUUUUGCAAAAAGGCAGCCACAUUAAUACAUUCGGCCAUACUUACUCAAUUGGAUGUCCGGACUUCAUAAAAAGGUACAUGUGGAAUAGAAGCCACCGCUGCGCGCAGAAAGACGACUUCUCGCAGGAGAGAAAUGCGCUAAUUCAGCCAGAAGAAGAGAGCUUUUCCAUAGAGUCUAUGCCUAUGCUCGGCCGCGAUCAGACAGAAAGCACAGAAAAGGGGGAGAAAACUUCUAAAAAGUGGUAUAGUGCAUAUGUAUGCACAGGCAUGCUAUAUAUGCUGUUGGCCCAGUCUCUAUACAUUUGGGGCUUCAAAAAAGGCGUGUAG